UCCCUGCUGGCUCGGUCCGGGUCGAGAAAACCUGGCAAGGGACUGAAUGUUUUUCUUUGCACGAUAUCCUUAGUGAGUUUGGCGGCCUUCGGCUCCGUAUAUGACUAGUGUUCUGUUUCUUUCCUUGUGCCUGGGGCUCGUCGCAGGACUUCACCUUCGUGGCCUACUUACACGACAUUCUGGAAGUGGAACUGAAGGACAAGUUCGCCAAGAGCCGCCCCAUCAUCAGCCGCUUCCUGGGCCGCCUCACCAUCCAGGUGGCCACGCUCAGGGAGAGGUGCAAGGCCGGCUCCCCGGGACUGCUGGACUUUCCGCUGAGCAGCAAGAACACAGUGGACUCGGUGAGCGGCCACAUCUACUUCAGCGUUACGUUUGCGCCGGCGGCGAGUGGUAGCGGCAGCGCUUGCACGGGCCACGGGGGUCUCGAGUGCCCUGGCGAGGACCCCAGCAUGAGGCUCACCGAAAGUGCCGUCAUCGAGAGCCUCGAGCCCCAGGACCUGCUCUCCAACGGCCACAUGGGCGGCUACAAGAAGAACGUGUUCCCGCUCAGGGCCGGCAGCAACAACAACCCCGUAAUAAACAACGGCGUCGGGACCGGCUGCAGCGCAGACGGCGUCGUCGUGAACGGAGACAUGAUGCCGGAGGACGUGGCGGCCAACAGCGGCGAGAGCACGGACGCUGUCGCCAGGGAGUCCGACUACUCGCCUAUUUGGAAAUAUUCGUGCAAAGUUCCUAAUGUUACCACAAAACCGGAUGCAAGUGAACCCAGUGGUGAAGAAGCCAUUUAUGAAACCGUUUACCCAGCAGAAGACUACCAGAGUCAGGAGAGCGAUGCUGCUGGACUAAGCGCGGGAGUCAGCUGUGAUUCUAGUCAGCCUGUUAGCGACGACGACUCUCCGCCUCCCCUUCCCCCCAGGACGAAGUCGCUCCUGAAGUCGCUCGCGGACUCCGGCCACAGGCCCCUCGAGAGAUCGAUAGCCUUGUACCCAACAGUGGUCAAAAAACGGCCCAUGCCCCUGCCGACGGGCACCGCCGGCGACCCCGCGAAGGCGCAGACCGUCUCCUGCACGCCAGGGAAAGUCCAUAAUGGCGUGAACGAGCCUAGCGUGCGCCCCAAGGUCGGCCACCUUAGUGCUAGCUCACAGUCCAGCUGUGAUAGUGAGAGUAGUGGGGCAAGUUUUGGCGAAGUGAGAAGAAUGCAAUGUUCCAUGGAAGGACCAUUUUCUUAUGAUAUUGUUGAUAUAGAUGAUGUUUUGCAAAUUUCUGAAUUUUCAAGUAAUCAAAUUGAUGUAGAUAGUCAGUGCCAAGCAACAAAAUCCUCAACUCAGGGACCUCACUCUUCAUUGCAAUCUUCUUCCUGUGCUUCCAUGGAAAGUGAAAUGUCGGAGGACAUUGCCAGGCCUUCCACGCUGCAGAGUUCGCUGGACGAGGCCAGCGGGACGUCUCUCUCUUCCACCGACAAUAGCUACAAGGAAGAGGCCUGUAGCGCAGUGGCCCCUCUUGCAACGCCAGAGCAAGAUUGUAGUCUUUUGCAGGAGGCUGCAUCCACUGAUACAUUGCUGGAAAACUCCGAGGAAGUUUUAGAGGCUGAAUUCGCUGUUUGUGGCAACAGAGGACCAUAUUUGUCAAGAAGUUCUACAAGUAGUGAAAUUGCGGUGUCCUCUCCUGCUAGCUUUAAUCAUCACAUGCCUUCUUUGCAUAAGAUGGCGAGAAACCAAAGUGAUUCUGUAUCUAGUCCAGUUGAAGAUAUGCGCGAGUGUACUUCUUUGUUAAGUGCUCAAGAGAGGCAGAUCGCAGAUGACGACGCCAGUGCUAGUAGAGAAUCAGAUCUCACUUGUAGGAGAAGGGAUUCUGCAACUCAUGGUUUUCUUCGUGGCAAUGAAAUGACUAUCGCAGAAGAGAUGAGACUGCUUGCGAGUUGUGACACUUUUCAUCAGGAUGACACGCAUUCCGACGGAACAGACCACGAGGGCUCGUCUGCCGUGGGCCCCUCCAGGAAGGGGUCGACGUCAACCAGGUCUCCUUCACCCAGAUUAGCAGACUGCCUCCCAGUCUCGAAUUCAGCGUCGGAGUCACUCUCUCUCGCGAGCGGCUCGGCGACAUGCUCAGUGUCGUCCCAGCAGGGGGAGGAGGGCCUCACAGGGUUGGAGCCGACGUGCAUGGUCGUCAGCACAGAAAGCUCCUCCUCCAAUUCCGUGUUUGCCAGUCCCACGGCAGAAACCAACGACUUGAACAUUGAGUCGUUGCCCUCCGCGUCUUGCUCUGCGGAUAUGAACAUUCCUCGAGAGGCGUCGCAGGAGGCGCAGGCUGCGGCAGCCGAAGCCCAGGAGCCAAGCGUCCGGCCGAGAAGAGAAGCGGUCUCGCAGAACGUCAGCUUGAACGAAGACGAGGACAUUCCUCCUGCAGUUCCUCCACACAAGCCCCACCACCGCCUCCUGAAGGCCUUGGUUCAUCCGCCUCUCUGCCCUCCCACCCCAACGCACCACGCCAAGCCACAGCCCCCGGAACGCACAACCAGCGACAAAAGAGAGCGAGAGGCGAGUUUCAACCCAAAGGAGGACGCGAGAGAGAGGGACGACAAGCCCGGGUCGUCGCACCACCCCAAGCUGUCCCGUCAGCCGUCGUUGCGCGACUGGCUGAGAAGAUACCCCAAGGUUGAAGUGGCUUUCGAUGAACCUCUGCCAGCAAACGUGGAGGCGCGGAAGGACAGUCACGGCAGGAUAUUCUUCAUUGACCAUGUGGCCAAGACGACGUCCUGGGAAUGGCCGCCUCCCAAGCCUCUGUCGACGCACAGACCUCUCUUCUUUGUGCCGCAAGUUGAUAAUGAGAAAAGGAGAUCCCUCUGUGAUAGUGGAGAAAGCGAGUGCAGCAGCAGCCGCACCAGUAGUAGGGUUGGCACCCCUGAGCCGUCUACUCCGUCAACGCCAAAUAUCCUGGGGACUACAGGAUGUCUGAGUCCUGACCACUGCCUAGGGAAUGAGGGAGCCGUGGCACCCCCUCCGCCUCCACCGCCAGCACUGUCUCCACCCCCGGCGGCCGUCAGCUGCGCAGUAGGAGGAGCGGCCACGGCGUUGAACACCUCGGCGUCGACCCCCAUGCCGUCGGUAGCCACCUCGCCGACCACGGCUGGCCUGCCUGGAACCACGGCGAUGCAGGACGGCAGCGACGGCGACCGAAGGAGGCUGGACGAAGGCCAGGAGGAGGAAGAGGAAGAGAAGGCCCCAACGCCUCCGCCCCGACCGCACCACAGGCUCGCCCGGCCGACGCCCCCCCUCCCGCCCCCCCUCCCACAACAGUGCCCCCCCACGCCCACGCAUCAUCGAAGGCCGCAUCACAGCGCCGGUGAUCAGGACGGAGCCGUCCACCCUGAGCGCCACAGCCGCACGAUGCGCCUGCCUUCCAUCCCCGAGAGAACCAUCAAGUUCCAGCGGGUGGAAAUACAGCCGGGAGAAGAGCCUUUGCCAACAAACUGGGAGGCGAGGAUCGACAGCCACGGGAGGAUCUUCUACAUUGACCACGUGAACAGAACGACGACGUGGCAGCGGCCCUCAGGCAACGACUCUGCCCAGACGCAGCGCACGCAGUCCACGGACCAGUUGCAGCGCCAGCAGCUGGACAGGCGGUACCAGAGCAUCCGCAGAACCAUCACCUCAAGAAGAGUAGAGAUUGAGGAGUUCCCUGGAGCUUCUUCAGGCAUCUUCCCUUCCUCAACCUCAACACCUUCACUGUCUUCUCCAUCAUCUGGUCCAGUGGCAACAGCUUCAUCUACAUCUACUAUUAAUGUGUCAAGUCCGUCUUCUGCCACGCCAGCCUUAAAUCUUUCAUCAGCGACAUCAGUACAUAACACCUCAUCAUCCCUGCCUGCAACCCCAUCUUCAUCAGGUGCCACUGCCUCCUCCUCCUCCUCUUCCACAACUUCUACAGCAGCAACGCAGUCCUCAUUGCCAUCUACCUCGGCGUCCCACCCUCAAGCGUCAAGCUGUGGCCCGUCGACAUCAACAUCCUCCUCCGGCAUUGAACGAAUGGACAUGCUCCUCCAGCUACCAGCCGUCAAGUUCCUCACCAGAUCAGACUUCUUCAGCGUCCUGCACAUGAAUGAUGAAGCUUGCAUUGUAUAUGAGAGAAGUGCAUCCCUUCGCCACAUGAUAUCACGGAUAAGGCGUGAUCCAGCAGCAUUCACAAGAUAUCAGCACAACCGGGAUCUUGUUAACCUUGUAAACCAGUUUGCAUACAGAGAGCGGGAUUUGCCCUCUGGGUGGGAGGCCAAAUAUGAUCGAUCAGGAAAGCUUUUCUUCAUUGACCAUUCAAGUAAGACAACUUCCUUUAUGGAUCCAAGACUCCCUAUUGAUGCUCCUUUUGUGAAUGCCACCAAACUGGCAGUUCCAAGUGCUCAUCAUCGCCGCUCAAGGUCAUCAGGGGAAGAAGAGGCCUCACGGGUUCCCAUUCCCCCUCCACGCCCACCCACCACAAUUGGCAGUGUUUGUGGCGGCAUCGCUGCACACGUCACCCCAAACAUUCCUACUGCCUACAAUGACAAGGUGGUUGCUUGGCUGAGACAACCCAAUAUCAUGGAUAUAUUGUGCGAAAGACACAGUGGUCUGCGGACAUCGCCUGCGCUCCGAGAAAAAAUAAACUCUAUUAGAGUUGAUGGGACAUCAGCACUUGACAGGCUGAGUCAUGAUGUUGAUCUCACAAUAGUACUCAGUUUGUUUGAGCAUGAGAUUAUGUCUUACGUACCUCCUAUGGUUGGGAUAUCUCCACGUGGUUCACCUCAGCCAUCUCCGCAAGCCUCUCCUGGACUACCCAGGGCUGCUGCUCGGGCACCAGCCCCGUACAGAAGGGACUUUGAGGCAAAACUCAGGAAUUUCUACAGGAAACUUGAAAGCAAAGGAUUUGGCCAAGGGCCUGGCAAGCUCAAGCUCAACAUUCGCCGUGACCACCUGUUGGAAGAUGCUUUCAACAAAGUCAUGGGGGCGAGCAAAAAGGAUUUACAAAAAUCAAAGCUGUACAUUACCUUUUAUGGGGAGGAAGGGCUUGACUAUGGAGGACCGUCUCGUGAAUUCUUCUUCCUCCUUUCUCGAGAGCUGUUUAACCCUUACUAUGGUUUAUUUGAAUAUUCAGCUAAUGAUACCUACACAGUACAGAUAUCACCAAUGUCUGCCUUUGUGGACAAUUACCACGAGUGGUUCAGGUUCUGUGGCCGCGUAUUGGGGCUAGCACUCGUUCAUCAGUAUUUGCUUGAUGCCUUCUUUACAAGACCAUUCUACAAAGCAUUGCUCAGGAGUCCUGUAUCAUUAUCAGAUGUUGAGUCUCUAGAUUCAGAGUUUCAUCAAAGUCUUCUCUGGGUGAAGGACAAUGACAUUACAGACAUGUUAGAGCUGACAUUUUGUGUCACAGAAGAGAUAUGUGGCCAUGUUGUUGAGAAAGAUCUGAAGCCAGGAGGCAAAAAUAUCGCAGUUACAGAAAGAAAUAAAAAGGAAUACCUUGAGAGAAUGGUGAGAUGGAGACUGGAGCGUGGGGUCAGUGAGCAGACAGAGAGUAUGGUAAGAGGAUUUUACGAAGUGAUUGAUCCAAGGCUGGUUGGGGUGUUCGACGCCAGAGAACUCGAGCUGGUCAUAGCUGGCACUCUGGAAAUUGAUGUUGCAGACUGGAGGAAGAACACAGAGUACAGAUCAGGUACUUGUAUUAAAACUCUUGUGUUUACCAUCAGCAAAACUAUUUUAACUUGACUUGUCAUCAGCAUAAAUAUUUAAAAUAUCAUGAUUCAAAUUUUAGAUUGAGGAGAAAGAGAUAUAGUCAACUUUUUUACUGUCAUAUUGUUUUAAUAUAUUUGUUUAAAUAAUAUUGUAUGGGUGUCUUGCAUUUAUUACUUAUUUAUCUCUUCAUUUACUUUUGGACCAAUCAUACAAGUAUAAAAUGAUAUAUCUUUUUCCAUGUCCACAAAUAGUCAAAAGGCCAACCAGAGCAACUGGGAUUUUGAAGAGAAAGAUGUUGAAUUGAGAGAAUGUUUGAUUUAUCGAUAUGGCUUUCAAGUUAAAACAUAUUUUGUUAUUACCUGUAGAGGAUGUGAAUUAUUUAGCAUUCAGUAGAUACAGUAUCUGUUUAUGAGAGGCAGUGAAAACUGUUGUAAUACAAUCAUACUGUCAUGAAGAAAAUGCAUUAAUAUGAAACAUGAGAUAUAUACAUUCAAAUUGUUAGUAAAAAUAAGAAAUAUUCUGUCUUUAUCAAACAUAUAAGAAAAAUUAUUAUUAUUCUUAGUAGAGUUGACACAGUGAUACCUGUAGAGCAUCACACACACACACACACACACACACACACACA